UGGGCACAUUGAAUGUUAAGUUUGUGAAUGUUUUAGUACAGAUAUGCUUAGAACGCUAUGAAAUUUUGGAGAGCACAUUUAUUGGCUAAACACAAACCCCACUAAACUCAGUGGAUGGGGAGGAAACGCUUCGGCUUGUAGGUAGAGAGUUACAGUGCACUUUUCCUUGUACAAAAUUUCGGACCCCAAAUACUCGCAGAUCUCGAAGCAAUGGAAAUUACAGUUUACAGAGGAUAACUGCACAAAGACAUUUACUUGCUAUGGUGAAAACCCAUGUCGUAUAACUGGGUGAAAUUACGGCGAAUCUGAAGAAAACCCAAAAACAUCGCUUUAGUUCGCCCUAAAAUUCAGGCGGGUAAGGGUUUAGGGUUUUGCUCUUUACAGUUGCAGAUUCCAGUGACAACUGCAAGCAGCAAGACUGCUAGUAGAGGUACAGGUGUUUUUUAGUAUCCUCACUGGACAGAUUGGGAUCUGGGAAGUUGCACAAAAUAUGGCUGAUUUUAAGGAAGUUGUGGAGAAGGUGUUGCUGCCAUUGCAACUUAUUCUUGGACUUUUUCUCAUCAUGAAGACGACGCCUCUAUGGGCGGUCAUUCAUUGCACUAUUGCCUACUUGCUCAACUGCUUCCAUAUCCCUUGCACAGAUUAUAAACGGCUCCAGAAAUUUGAAGGUCGAGUCUUCAAAAAAGUGAUCUCUCAUGCCACCAUAGCAGGAGAUGUGUCCAAAGUGGAAAAGCAGAGGGAUGCUAACAAAUCUAACAAUGCUGGGGAGAUAAUUGUGAAAUCUGAGAAUGGUGCGUCAGUCUCAGUGGACUACCUGGGUCAGAGCUUUGUAUUGCAGCGAAUUGAAGGAGGCAAGAUUGAACUAGAGCGAAAGGAUGGAGAAAAGAUUCUAAAGAAGGAUGGAGAAAAGAUUCCAACGAAGGAUGGGCGUGUAUAUUACAUCACAGAUAAAAUGUGGGAAACGGUGCAGUACAUUGCAGAAGUUGGUAAAGAGAUCGUGUUUGUGAAAAACUAUAAGGAAAUAUGGGAAGAAGUGGUCACAGGCGAUAUCAUGGAGUUUGAAGAAGUGCUGGAUUCGGUCAUAUUGGACAACCGCUCGGUUAUUCGUCUGGACCACGAUUACUUUCUGCCAGUCAACUUAAUGUUAAUAGAGUUUAAGUUGACGGUGACUUUAAACUUUGUGGCUUUGUUCCUAAGGACUCAAAAACAUAUUCAUUGGUUCAUUCCUGCAUUGAUGACCUUUACAGCGGCAGUUAUGGGGUUUGGUACAACACUGAGGCUGUCUAUUGAUGACUAUAUCGCUACAAUCUUGUGCAGAGCACUACAGUGGGUAUGUGACCUACUGCCUUUGAUAAUGAGAAGGCGGGUGUACUAUUGGGGGAGCUGGGUGCAGCACUUCAGGCCCAGUAAUGACUUACAAUCAAAGAUUGUUAGGGGCGACAUAUCCGUGCUCAUUGCUGGGGGUGCAAAAUUUGAUUCUAAAUCUAAGAUUCAGCCUAUAAACUUCCCUGAGUGUUCGGCAGAUGAGAUUUGCUCAGGAGGCGGCCCAGCUUUGUUCAGAUGCAGUGACUCAAAUUCUGAUUCAAUCAGUGACUCAGUUUAUAUUGAGUGGAUCUUCGUCAAAACUCAGAAAUGUUUAUUAAAAGCCGGCCGUGUUGCAUCGAACAAGUCAUUGAAACCGGUUGAUACUUCUAUCGUAUGUGGUGAUGGAGAUUCUAAGACGAAUGUAGUUAUACAAUUCUUCACAUCGGGAAGGGCAGAUGAUAGUCAUACUGUAUCAGUGGAUAACGAUUCUUCCAACGCAAAGGAAUCGUUAAUGGCAGAUGAUAGUCAUACUGCAUCAGUGGAUAUCGAUUGUUGCGAGGCAAAAGAAUCGUUAAUGGCAGAUGAUAGUCAUACCGCAUCAGUGGAUAUCGAUUAUUGCAAGACAAACAGAUCGUCAAUGGCAGAUGAUAGUCAAACUGCAUCAGUGGAUAUCGAUUGUUGCAAGGAAAAGGAAUCUUUGAUGGCCGAUGAUAUUCAUACUGCAUCAGUGGAUAUCUAUUGUAGCAAAGAGGAGGCCAUGAAACUAUUCAUAUUUGCCGCUUACAUGGCAAAGCUGAAGUCAGGUUCACUGAAAUCUUAUGACAGGAAUUCUAAGACUGUGAAUGUCCGCCGUUUCAUAGAGUCGAUCAACGCCUAUGUCAGAAGCGGCUAUCCACCACUCCACACAUUAGAGUUGAAGGGUGUAGUUGUCCGUCCAAAGAUGCCCAAAUUUCGCUUAUUUUGAUAGCUAAAUGAAAAUGUAGUAGAUUGUUAGGAUAGCUUUUUCCAGUGUUGUGUUACAGGUAGUAUGUAGUUCGUCUAUCAGAGGAUACCUUUUUCAAAUUAUCCUGUAAGCAAUUAUACUUCUCUAGUUGCUAAAUUGAAAUAUAGAGUAUUCUGCUACGAUGAUGGGGAGGUUUUCUCUUAGAUGAAAGUUAGAAAGAACCUCAUUUUGUUAACUUGCUUACCCAGAUCGAAGCAUAUGCAGUCCUCAUUGCAAUAUACGUUGCCAAAGCUACCAAUAUUUUUGGAUAAUUAAUUUGAAGCGCGUGAUUCACGGUGGGAGAAAUAUCUAUGAUGAUUAUGGAAGAAACUG